GAUUUUGGCCCAUUAGCACUGAUUUUUAAAAUAUUUAGGCCCGAAACACUGUUUGGGAAAUAUUUAGGUAAGUACCACUUUUUUAGGUACUCGAGCUUGGAGAGCUCGAGUACCCCAUUUUUCUGUUCCAACUUGGCACCUGACGUUGGAACAGGAAAAUUUAAAAAAUAAGCUUGGUACCCGAGCUCAUGAAGCUCGAGUACUGCUCAGCGGAACUGAAAAUUGCCCCCACACUUAAACCAUCUGUUACCCACAAUACCCAACCAAGAACAGAGCAAAACAUACCCACAAACCAAACCUCUCAAUCUCGCUAUCUCCCUCUCUCAAUCUCGCUAUCUCCCUCUCAAUCUAAAGCUAUUUCCACACAAAUACUCUCAUUCUGCCUCUCAAUCUCGCAAAUACUCCCAUUCUCCCUCUCAAUCUCGCGAUCUGCUUCAUUCUCCGUCUCCGUCUCGCUCUCGGUCUCCCUCUCACAAGAUAUGGACCCACAUGGAGCUAUACAGACUUUGUGCACGAGGCAGGAUAAGCAUCGUUCAAGUUUGCUUUUCGAUGCUCAUUUGGAAGGCGAGGAAGUGCCAGGUGUAUUGACUUGUCGUCACCGAGACAAAGGUCUGCUUGAAGGAGGGGUAGAUGGGCUAGAUCCACGAAUUCUCGCUUAUAUCACUGAUGCGGGGUUAGAUGGGCUGCUUCGGGUCCCACAUAUGGACAUUGACCACGCAUUGAUCACAGCGUUGGUGGAGAGAUGGCGGCCGGAGACGCACUCAUUUCACUUGCCCCAUGGUGAGAUGACCAUCACACUACAAGAUAUGGAGGUUAUAAUGGGGGUACCUGUAGAUGGCUUGCCGUUGGUGGAAUCUAUACCCUCGACGGGCAGUUGGCGUGAAGUCUGCAGAAGAUUGCUAGGGCGUAAUCCGCCAAGUAGAGAACUUAGAAACCCAAGAAAGAACACUGGAGUGCUGGAAGGGGCGAGCAUAAAUGCCAAAUGGCUUGAGGAUCAGUUUCGCGACCCUCUCCCGGUUGACGCCCCUGAGGCGUUUGUGCAGGAGUAUGCUCGUUUUUACAUAUUGGAGUUGUUAGGUGGUACGCUAUUUAUGGAUAAGUCUGGAGAACGGAUCUCAGUUAGGUAUUUGCAAUAUUUCGAUCCAAUCAGCAAUGGAAAGAAGUAUAGUUGGGGUAGUGCAGCACUAAGUUGGCUCUAUAGACACCUCUGUAAGGCAUCAGAGAAGACAGCCAAGCAGAUUGGGGGUGCACUACUAUUGGUGCAGUUGUGGGCGUGGGCGAGGUUUCCCCACAUAUGUCCUGUGAUGAGGCAUCCACACCAGGCACUGCCUCCAGGUCCACUUGCUGUCAGAUGGAAAGGGGCUAAGAUAACAACUGAACAUUCGAUGCACGUCCUACGUGCCUAUCGUGUGUCGUUUACUUCACUGCGGCCAAAUCAGGUAUCGUGUCUUACAAGUGGAAACCGCUUUGGCAUGUAGUUUUU